AUGGCUAGCUUCACAGAGGAAGCAAUGGAAAACUACAUGUAUUCUGCAUAUAACCCUUAUUCCUAUAGGUAUAUGAACCCUAAAAAUAAAGGGGGUGGCUGGAGGCAGAAAAACUAUUUGUCUAAUUAUGGAGACACUGGGGAGUAUUUUGACAACUACCAAAGAGCUCAGCUGAAGGCCAUCUUAUCUCAAGUGAACCCCAACCUCACUCCACGUUUGAGGAAAGCAAACACGAGAGAAGUUGGAAUCCAGGUGAAUCCCAGGCAAGAUGCAUCUGUUCAGUGCUCCUUAGGGCCCAGGACCCUGCUGAGAAGGAGGCCUGGGGUUAUAAGGAGAGCACAACAAGCUCCCCAAGAACAAGGUAGCCCUGCCUCACCCACCAAGGCUGUACGCUUCCCCAGGACCAUAGCUGUAUAUUCACCCGUAGCUACAGGGAGAAUGGCCACUUUCCAGGAGGAGGAAGAAGAGGAGGUGGAAGAAGAAGCUGAAGAGAAAACCAGUGAGGAGCCCUUAAAGCCUGAGGAGCCCAAGGAACAGAGCCCUCUCCAACAGGAGAGUAAAGAAAAUGAGGCGACAGAGAUGACCAAAGAGGGGACGUCCGACAGUGACCAAGGGACAUCCUCUGGCCAAACAAGAGUCAGAUUUCAGUUCCUAGAACAGAAAUAUGGAUACUACCACUGUAAAGACUGCAACAUUCGCUGGGAAAGCGCUUACGUAUGGUGUGUGCAAGGCACGAACAAGGUGUACUUCAAACAAUUUUGCAGGAACUGCCAAAAAUCCUUCAAUCCUUACAGAGUGGAGGAUAUAAUGUGUCAAAGUUGCAAGCAGACCAGAUGUAUUUGUCCCGUUAAACUUCGCCACGUAGAUCCAAAGAGACCUCAUCGCCAAGACUUGUGUGGGAGAUGCAAAGGCAAAAGGCUUUCCUGCGACAGCACCUUCAGCUUCAAGUAUAUCAUAUAA